AUGCUGUCUAAUUCCUCUUAUUUUAAUCAUUUGCAGGUCAUCGCAGCACAGGCAGCACAGGCAGCACAGGCGGCACAGGCGGUGCAAGAUGGAGCUCAACAGGCACAAGCUCAAGCUGCUCAAGCUGCUCAAGCAGCCCAAGCAGCCCAAGCAGCCCAAGCAGCACAAGCGGCACAGGCAGCGCAAGCUGCGGCUGCAGCUCAAGCAGCCGCUGUCCAAGCCCAAGCGAAGGCACAGGCUCCAGCUCCACAGCCACCAGUACCGCAGAUACCGCAGAUACCGCAGAUACCGCAGCUCCCACAGCCAGGUCUAAACCUUGCAACUCUUCCACCUGCUCCGCCACAAGUCGUUCCACCUCCUCAAAUUGCAGGGCUGUCACUUGCUCCUCCGGGAGCUCCUGUCGUGCCGCCUCCACCACCACCAGGUCAACCGGGCCAAACUAUGCCAAGUGCUGCUUACGACUUGGAGGCUCUGAAGCGUCUUGCAGCUGGCGGUGCACCUGUGCCCGAUGUGAAGGCAGCUCCAAAAUCAAUGGGGUUCUCUGGCUUCACACUACAAACAUCUGCGCCUGCACAGCGAGAUAACGACUCUGUACAGAAAAUGCUGGCACGUUUGCAAGGCAAUGUGCAAGGAGCCAAACAGGCAUUGUCUGCUACAGGCUCAGCACCCGUACCGCUCCCCUUUGUCCAGCAGACAUCUCACAAGCUGUCCGGAAACUCUGGACUUCCGGAUGCGGAAUGGGAGCCAUUGCAAGAGCACAUCAAAGCUGCAACAGGCAGAUCGGAAAUCGAAGAAGCCUCCCGUGAUUUUCUGAAGAAGUUCGCACAACUCAGUGUGGAGCAGAUUGCAGAGAUUCUUCGACUCAUGGAGACAAAAGCGGCAUCAUAUCCCAAGGACUUCUACACUGAGCUGGGUAGUAUGCUUGGCCACAAGCUGAAAUCAGCCACGAGUCCGCAACUCGCUCUCACAAUGAGCUCCUUCCUUUACUGGUCACAUGAGGGAAGACAACGCUUCAUCGACUGCAGUCGUGACUUCUUGGCGGUUGCAGCUGCUGAGGUGCCCACAAGACUAAUGGAGCUAGCGCCGCAUGAACUGAACUGCUGUUUGGCUGGCGUCGUUUCCUUGGGUUGCUCAGAUCACAAGUUCUUCGUUUCAGUGGGCAAAUCUGCUCAGGCAAGGCAUAAGACCUUCGCUCCGAAAGAGUUGGGAUCUCUUCUGACGAUUUUGUCCGAAGUGCGCUUGGUACACGUUGACCUUUUCACCUCAGCAGCUCAAGCCAUCGCACCUCGAGUUCGUGAGCUCCGCCCAGCAGAGAUCAUGCGAUGUACUCGAGCAUUGUCACGCUGUGGAGUGAAGAAUGAAGCCUUUUGUCAAGCCGUUGGUGAUGACAUCGUGGGCCGAUGGUCAAAGAGCCAACCAACAAGCCAUUCAGGAUUCCGUUGCGAAGACCUUGUCGAAGCAUGCUGGUGCUUUGCAGUGCUGGAGUUCUACCACCAUGAUUUGUUGCAGCUCAUGUUUCAGGUGGUCAGAGAAUCCCAGAAGGUCACUGCAGAUGCCCUCUGCCAGCUUUAUGAGCUGCAUCUAUCUUUGGAGGCUGAGCACAAGGAGCGCUAUGCUUCGAUCCGAAUAGAAGACAAGUCUGUUAGUGCGCUUCUCGAACACUAUAAGGAAAAUCGGCGGGAUUGUCGCCGAUGUUCUGAGAAAGUGCGAAGCGAUAUCACUGCAGCGGUGAAAGGCCUUCUAGAGGGUCACGUGCAGGCCAAUCAUCGCACGAGCGUGGGCUUGCUGUCUGAUGUUGCGGCUAUGAGAAAACGUUCCUCGACAGAUGGCUAUGUCCACAUCGAUAUCGACGGAGCCUUGUCUCUGAUCCGUCCCAUCGAUCAGGCGGGGAUUCUGAGCCCUCCUGGAGAAUGUGGUGCCGAGUUGCGCAAACACCUAGCAUGUGAUCUUCAGUGUGUUGAGCACGAGCAAGUGCUGGAGGACUCGUUUGAGCACUGGUGGGACCAUCAGCUGCCUUGGACAGCUCUGUUUCAGAUUUGUGAGCGCAUACAUGAUCGAGCCAGCCAUGCUUACGUAGGAACAAUUCUGAACAAGAGAGUCUUCUACAGAUGUUGUGUACAUGAAUGUGAAGCUUCACCUCUUUUAGAUGGUGUGUCUGAAGUGGACUUCUUAUUGAGCUUGGUGGCUGAGUUGGCGACGCAUGGCGACCUGCCCAACAUGGUUUUUCUUUUCAACACCGGCGACCAGCCGUUCAGUGACAAAGCAUAUUGGAGUCCAAUUCCACAAUUCCAUUGGGUGCGCAGUUCUGGCCACUGGACAGUGCCAUUGCCGAAUCCCUUUCAUUUAAAGGCCUACGCGAAGAAUCUGUUGGGAGACUCUCUGGCACACAGCCAGCAUCAUCUGCCCUGGUCUCAAAAGAUGCCUCGGAUUUUUUGGCGAGGGUCCCUGUCAGCCCCAGACAACUUUGCCGUGGAUGACAUUGCAAGCUUGCCGCGGGUGAGACUUUUAAACUUGGCACAGGAGUACCCAGACCUCUUUGAUGUCGGUAUCACAAAUGUCGACAGGGAGAUCUACAAAGUUGCCGGCGUUUCGAACAUUGAGAGUUUACUUCAACGCUUGGGUGGCAAAGUGAAACGCAAAAACUUUGCUCGAGAGAUGCCCAAGUAUCGAUACCUAAUAAACGUUGCCGCGGUUCUCUCCUCUUGGAGACUUGUGGACAUGCUCGCUACGAAGUCGGUUCUUCUCCUACAAGAAAGCUGGGAUCAUGAGCUCAUCAUGGAAUGGCUUGUUCCCUGGGAGCACUAUGUACCCAUAAGUCCCGGUUUGUCUGAUCUCAUCGAGAAAGUUCAAUGGCUGGAACGGAAUCAAGACAUUGCUGAGUCAAUCGCCGAGAGGGGCUUUCAACGAUUCAGUGAACGGGUGAGGCGCCAGGAUACGUUGUGCUACAUUUGGCAGGCAUUUCAGACCCUUGCUGAUGUCCAGACACAAGCCACACCGGAAGAGCUUCAAGAUCGCGUGAGUGAAAUGAAGGAGGUGAAGCCAAAGCUGGCAAAGUUGGAGAAGUAUGGAAGUGCCAGUGCUAUAAGCCCAGUGAAAGAUGUGAAAGCGACAGAGUUGCGACGAAUCUUGCAAAAGAAAGGUCUACGCGUGGCAACGGUUAGGGAAAGUGACUGGAAGAAUUUGGAAGAUCAGAAGGAGAGGCGUUUGGUGUUCUCUUCUUCGGCCACAGUGUACAGGCCGUGUGAGGAGCCGAUUGAUGAGUCCAAGCCUUUGGGUUGCACAAAUCCUUAUGGCUGGACGAAGUUCAUGAUCGAGCAGAUCUUGGCGGGCUUCGCAACAGCGAACCCAAGCUUUUCCAUUUCGAUCCUCCGCUACUUCAACCCAGUGGGCGCACACCCCAGUGGCAGGAUAGGAGAAAAUCCACAUGGACCUCCGAACAAUUUGAUGCCGUUUGUGCAACAGGUUGCAGUUGGCCGCAGGGAAUGCCUCAGUGUUUUCGGAAACGACUAUGCAACGCAUGAUGGCACUGGUGUGCGCGAUUACAUCCAUGUGGACGAUCUGGCAGAGGGCCACAUUUGUGCGCUGCAGAAGCUCUUCACAAUGGAUGGCGGCUGCAUCAUUCACAACUUGGGUUCCGGCACGGGCUACUCUGUCCUCGACAUGGUGAAAGCCUUCGAGGAGGCAAGUGGAAAGAAGAUUGCGUACAAGGUUGUCGAGAGAAGAGCUGGUGAUCUUGGCACGGUCAUAGCCGACGCCUCGAAGGCCAAAGCGGAUUUCGGGUGGCAGACCAAGCGAGGCUUGAAGGAGAUGUGCGAAAGCGCCUGGAAUUGGCAGUCAAAGAACCCCUAUGGCUAUGAGGAUGGCCCUGGCAAGGAGUGGGCGAGUGGCUGCACGUGGCUGGAGUUUGGCGUUUGGUCGUUUUAG